GUACACGCGCGUGCACGUGCUGGCGGGAAGAUGUCAACGCGCCAUUCUUUUGCACGUUCCAGCAUGUGGUUGUCGUUAAAACGGCAGACGAGUGACCAUAAAAAAAGCCGAGCUUGUUCAGCACAGCCAAUUUCUUCCUCAAGGGCCCCCACAAUACUACCGAGAGCGCUGCCGUGCGUAACAAAUUAAUGUGCGUGUGAGAGAGAGAGAGAGAGAGAACUGGAGGAGGGGGACGGAAGAGAAGAAUCGUCUUAAAAAUGGCGUCUUGUGAAGAAAAGGGGCCAAAAUAGCUUUGGUGUGGUGGGCUUGCGUAUUGGAGCUGCUGAGGAACGUGGAGCUGAGCGCGGGAGACAAUAGACAGUAUGGGGAGGAGGUACUCCUGGCUGCUGUGACCCCCUCCUCCUCCGCCUCCUCCUCCACUCGCUCCUUCUCCUCCUCCUCCCUCCAUUCCUCCCAGUCUACAGGCUCGUCAAGCAGAGAAAUAAACAGAAGCGAGCGCAAAGAGAAGGAAGAGAGGACAUUCCUCCCCUCCCCUGUCUCUCUCUCUUUCUCUCUCUCUCUCUCCCCCCUACCCCCCCACCCCACUCGUACUAUCUGCUGCCCAUCUUCAUCCAGGCAGCAUCCCUUUUUUUUUUUUUUUUUUAAAUUUUUCAUGGAGAGGAAUUAUCCUGCAGCCGGCUUCGGAGAUCUCGGCUCUGGGACGGGAUGGAGUUACGACAGAUCGGCCAAAGCAAGCCUCAUGUACGGGAGUGCCGGCUCAUCACACCCCGACUCCGAGCUGCUCCACCGGCAAGCCUAUGGUACCCCACACCCCCUCCAGAGUUAUGCAACCAAUCACCACCCGGGAGGCUCCAGACAGGGUGGGGCCUGGGGUGGACGCACAUUGGGCCUUUCCGGUCUGUUUGACGCCAGUCUCCACCACUCGGGCCCCUCGGGUCCCGAUCCAUCCGUCAUGAAUCUGAUUUCAGCUUUAGAUUCCCGUGGUCCACAGCCCCCACCCUCUGCUUCUUCCCUCCUCACGCAAUUCCGCACUCCCUCUUGGCAGACUGCAAUGCACACACCGGCCCCAACAGAGCUCUUUAUUUCAGGAGCUCUUCCGGGUUCCGGCUCCUUCCCCUCCUCAUCAGCCCUUUCCGCAUACCAGCAUCCUGGCUCUUUUUCUGGACGCUCCUUCACUCCUUCAUUAUCCCUCCAGGACACCCCCACCUUUAGUCCAAGUUCCAAUGGUUUGUUGUCCCCUCACGAUCCCCUGCUUCACAUUAAAACCUCCUCCCAGUCCAGCUUGGGAUUUGAUCGCCUGCUGUCUUCCCAGAGUAGCGCCUACCGGAGCUCGCAGGAGCUAGCGCCAAUGGCGCAAAACCAUGCCCCGCCCAACUCCUCCAGUUGCCACCUGCCCCCUCCCCAGUUUAACCUACUGUCGUCCCAACUUCACAACCAGUCCUCUCAGCUCUAUAAUGCCUCCAUGUUUUCCUCUACCCCAGCCCUGAUACCCACAACCCCUCCACACGAGAGGGCAAUUCCCCGUCAAGAUACCGUUAUAAAACAUUACCAACGUUCCUCCCCGGUUCAUUCCACUCCACUCCCACUCCAGCAAUAUCUCAGUUGCGGCGGGUCAAUGGGCUUUCAGCAAAUGCCCAGCCAACACCGUCAUCCCGGUAUGUCCUGUAGUUCCUUAGAGGAGCACAGUCCACCAUCAGAUCCCAAACCCUCAUUACAGUCCGAGUCACAACGGUAUCAACCCAAUAUUCAAACACCCUACACCUCUUCUUCCUCCAGCUUGGCCUCCUCCUCCUUAUCUGGCUCGAAAGAAAACAAGAGCUCCACAAGUGGCAACUCCUCAUCAAAUUCAACAUCAUCCUCGUCGCGAACCUCACAGACCCCGCCGACGGCUUCGUCCAGCUCCUCUUCAGCAUCUUCAAACCCCAAAACAAGCACCGGCACCUUGUCCGCCCCCUCUCGUCAGCAGCCCCCACCUCAACCGGUACCGGUACCGCCUCCUUUGCCGGUGGUGUCAUCAGCCCAGUCAGCUCCCAAAGCCCGCCUCUCAGCUUACGGUUCUCCACCAGGGUCUAAAUCGAGCACAAGUCUACCGGGCCAGACCCCUCCCCAGCCACAAGCCCAGUCAUACUCUCCUAACCAGCCAGCAUCGACUCACAUGUCUCAGUCUUGCGCUAGCUUUGGUUCCCCGAAUCCGAGAGACAUCAAUUCUGGAGCAGGAGGGAAUGGAGGGAAGGCUUACACUGAUUUAGGCUCAGGCGGGCGCUCAUUCUCAGCAGAAAUUGUCUUUGGGGACUCGAGCUUUAGUUCAGCUUCUCACAGAAGAGCAGAAAGUCCUUCUGUAGGGUAUGGAAAUGCUGCGGGAUCAACAGGAAGUGGGGCGUCUGGAAUUUCCUCACUUGAUACUGGACUUGGAUCUGCAGGUUCCGGAAGCGCCAGUGCUGCCAGUGGAGGCGGCAACUCGUACCACUUGAAUGAGUCCAGUCCCGCACCUUCUAUCGGUUCUACUGUGCCCCACCCCGGGUUGCACUCUCCUGCUUCUGCACGACCCGCACAAUCCCCUGGAAGUUCAGGAGCCAGCAAAUACCUCCCCUCCAUGCUCUCCCCCGCAUUCAUGGCAUCGUCCCAUCACAUGAACGAAACACACCAACAGCCCUACCACUCGACUCCGCCCAAACCAAAAGCACAGAGCAACAUCCUUGGAGGCGAGCGCUCCCAAGAGGAGGAAGAUGACGAUUUCCUCAUCCAGCAAUUACUCCACACACAAAGUUCAACUUCUCAUUCCGCACAGCAUCAUCAACCGUCUCUGCACAGAUCCCAACUCCCAUUAUCCGAAGACGCAGACGCUAAGGGAGUGACUUAUGACAUGAACAAGAUCUCCGAGGAGCGUUACCACCUUCACAGUGUCAUUCGUACGAAUAGCGCUGGCACUCCGGAGCCCGAAACAUCUAUCGGUGAAGUAACGAGUGGGUUGAGUAGUCAACUGGAAAUAUCACAGAAGAAGCAACAACAGACCAAGUCUGACUUACCCAUCCCGAAAUCCGCUUCCGAAGGGGUCACGGACUCUCUUUCCCAUACGAACCACUCGCAUCAAUCAGAACACGACUCCCUGGGUUCUGUUGGUCAUUACGCAAGAGGGGACCCCUACACGCAGCACCCGCAUUCCCACCAUAUCUCCCACCUGUCACCCCAUUCUCAAAGCCAACAACAGCUCUCUCAGUCUCAGCAAAAUCAUCCUCACUCGCAUCCUCACAUGGAGUUAAAAAAGGCUUCCGAUGGGACGGAUAGUUCCUACUUGUGCAAUACAACAGACGUGCGACAAAACCAGGCUUCGCACCAGAUGAUGAACUCGCCGCCGGAUUGUCCUCAGCAAGCUCAGAUGCUGCAUUCUGUCAUGUCGCGGACUAAAAUGGACCCCCAGCAAGCACAGCAGCAACAUGCCUUGAGCCAGCAAGAGAUGAUGGGAUCAUCUCGUGGAGCAGGGCUGGCAGGGGUGGAUUCCCAUACGCAGAAUCAGUCCUCGCAGUUGCAACUCCAGCUACAGAAUCAGACUUUGGAUACACGCUAUAGCCUGGGAGCAGCGAGAGAGCAAAGCCGAAUCAACCAGAACUCCACGUUAGAUAUGAUGGACCAGCGUCUUUCGCAGUCAAGGAGCAGAGAUGGUGGAGGAGGCUCUCUGUCGUUAGAUAGACACGGCAUCAGGAUUGGUGCAGAAGGUGACGUUGUUGCUGGGGAAAGACAUAGACAACAGCACAGUCUGUCAUCCCACCACCAUCCUCAACCAACGGAGCUUCAUGGCUUCCUGUCGGAACCAGACAUGGGGUUACCCGCCACCUCCCAUUUCCACCAUGUCAACCCAUCUCAGAGCCACGCACAGCAUCAACACCAAGCGCACAGUCACCAUCAACUUUCCCAUUUAGCUCAUCCGCAGGCACAUCGGAUGGCAGCAAACGUAGGAACCCCUCAACAACUCCAACAGUCCCAACCCAGAGAGCCGGACAACCAUCUGUCGCACACCCAGAUGGAGCCGCUGAAGCAACAUCAGUAUGACACCGUUAGCCCUGGUGGAAAAACAAGACUGAAUCCAAAUCAGCAACAGGAGCAGUUUACGUCUUUAACGUCAAUCUGCUUUUCGGACUCGCUCUUAAAUGAUGAAGACAGGACUUUCUUUCCAGGAAUGGAUGAGAUGUUUUGCUCAGCAAACUAUAAGUCCAGUUGCGCUGGAAAUUCAGUGACGGGACAGACUUCUCAAGAGGACGUUACCCAAGCUCGUGGGCAGGAGGGCAUGGAUGUCCUUAAAACAGGAGAUGGUGGACAACGUUACGGUCUGGUCGGUCAUCACGGAGAUCAAGGCUACGGACAAUAUUGUCACGCUCUCUCCGGAUCUGGAAAUACAAAUCUGAAUUUAGACCUUGACUCGAUGAAGACCCACGAUCUGCCCUCAACUGUGAAUACCGAUCAACUGGGCCUUAUACAGACGCAGACCCCUGCGUUGGGAUUGAAUCCAUCCGCUCAAGAUAAAAUGAGCGGAUCUGUGGAAGUCGUCGGCGCUUCGAGCAAUCCUGGUCUGACCUCGGCCAUUUUUUGCUCAUCCCGACCCAAGAAAAUGCUCAAAACCAGCAGCUCCUUUCAUUUGCUGAAACAGCGGCGCGAGCCCCAAACUCUCACCAAGAAAAAUUACGCGCAAGAGUACGAAUUUGAAGACGAUGAAGAUAAAGCCGACGGUCCGGCCGAUAUACGUCUAAACAGUCGACGCCUUCCCGAUCUUCUCCCUGACUUGGUUUCUAGUUGUCGAAAGUCUAGCGGUACACCCGGAGUCGGCGGGCUCAGUCCCCUGAUGGCUGACAUGGACUUCUGCCACCCGUCCACUUAUUCUUCCCUCGGGCAUUCUCAAGCACUCCUCCCCCAGGACGGCCCAAAGAAAAGAGGGAGGAAACCCACCAAACCCAAACGUGAAGGCCCUCCUCGCCCUAGAGGAAGACCACGAAUACGCCCUCUUCCGGAGCCUUCUUACUGCCGAGGCCUGAUGGGAUCAGCGGCUGGAGAAAGUCGACGGGGUCGCGGGAGGGGGAGAGGUCGAGGUAGGAGGGAGGAAGGACACGUGGAAAUCCAUCAAGAUAUGAAUAAAGGACGCAACCUCCCGUAUCAGCAUCAACAACCGCAGCAGCAGCAGCAGCAGCAGCAGCAGCAGCAGCAGCACUUCAGCCACGCGCAGCAUCUCCAACAGCAUCCACACGGACAACAGCUGGACCACCACCUUCAUAUAUCGCAACAUCUUUUGCAUCAUCACGUGCCCCCCUCCCACCACCCGAUACAUCACCAACAACAGCAACACAAUUUCCAACAACAGAUGCAGCAACCGGCCCAACAGCUGCAACAAGAUCCAGGCAGCCCUGUCAAGGUCGCUCUCCUGGGUUCCGCCAUGCCCCCGUCGCAAUCGUUGCUGAGGACCGAUUCACUGUCCAGCACCGAUCCAGCUCUGUCUGACGGAUCCAUGGGGUCAGCCCCAUCACUGGGCCCCAGUCCUGGACCCAGUGCCAAUAUGGACAACAGCAGAAAUGAAAGAAAUCAGACGCGGGACAAGAUGCAUCAUGAGAAUUCUGGAGAGAUUAGGUGGAAGAAAGAAAUGGAAGAUCCGUUGAACCCCGAAGCCUGGGGAGCUAUGCAGAAACUCUCCAAUUCUGUGGACGAGAAAGCAUUCGACUUUAAACCUGGCUUCAUGUCAUCCUUUUUGGACUUCUUGAAGACGGGCAAAAAACAGCCAGGCCUCCAACUGGUAGAUGACAGGUGUGAAGAGGAAAGCAUGGACACGUGUUCCUCUCUGAAAGGUGGGAUCAGACCCAUAACUCCCACCCCGCCACUAUCGCCGCAGCAGCCCUUCGGCGAGGAGACCCGGGGAGGCCAGGGGGUGGACUUAGCUCUCGGUAGUUGCCCCAGUCCUUGUAAACCUCUGGAUGACGAACUGAAAGAGAACCUGGAGGCCCUGCCGUCGUUCUCCUCUGACGAAGAAGACUCGGUCAGUAAAAACCAAGACUUGCAGAAAAGCAUCUCGUCCGCCAUCUCCGCCCUUUACGACACUCCUCACUCUCUGGCUGCCGCUAUGGCCUCUGCGAUGGUGAAAGUACCUUCGACUACAUCUCCCCCAACCCCGCAGGAGCCCGCGCUCAGCCCCUUGCCUCCCGCCGUUCCUCCCCUGGUCACCGCUAUGGCUAACGGUGAAGUGGGAAUGCUCACGUACAAUCAACUUCACGCUCCGGAGGAGAACCGUUUCGUCUCCUCGCAGCCCAACAGAGAAGAGGAAGAGGAGAGCCAAAGUGAGACAACGGGAGAACACAGGGAGGACGAAGAAGGGGGAGGAGGGGAAACAACCACCGAGGAAGCUCUGGAAGAGCUGAAGAAAGACGACAGAGCUUCUGAAAGACAGAGGUCAGAGGCUUCCAAAGUUGAAGAUUCCUCAUCAGGCCCGUCGCUGGCUCCGGCUCCACUGUCAGCAUCAGCCUCUGUUUCUCCUUCACCACCCACCUACUCUUCACCCUCGCCGCUCCCUCCCGCACGUCUGUCUGUCUCCGCAAAGUCCCCGGCGCCGAUCCAGCAGGAUGAAGAGGUGGAUGCUUCUUCUCCUCCCUGUAAACAGCAGCAGCAGCAGCAGGUUUCCUACCAAGCAGCUCCAACUGCGGGCACCUCGCCACCCCCCUCCACCUCCCCUCCCGCCUUCCCAUCGCCGCCUCUCUCCAACCUUCCUCAGAGUCACUCCAUCGCCCCUCCGUCCACCACACCUCCCCCAUCGUGCUCUGACCACGACCAAGAACCCGAAGCUGGGCAGGCUUCUCCUCCCUCCUCCUCCUCCUCUUCUUCGUCUUCUUCACCAUCCGUUUCUUCAUCGCCACCUCCGUCCCCACCCACCCCAGAAGAAGCCCCGGCAUCCCAGCGACUCACCGCCCUGCACCUGGCCAAGAAACAGGCCGACGCUGCCAUCGCAGGGGAAAGCGAGGCGGAGGACAGUGAGAGCGGAGGCGAGGGGAUCUUCCGCGAACGGGAUGAGUUUGUUAUCCGAACAGAGGACAUCGGGACGCUCAAGAUGGCUUUGCAGACGGGUCGGGAGCCGCCGCCGAUCUGGAGAGUGCAGAAAGCCUUGCUCCAAAAAUUCAGCCCGGAGAUCAAGGAUGGUCAAAGGCAGUUCUGCGCAACCAGUAAUUAUCUGGGUUAUUUUGGUGACGCUAAAAUGCGAUACCAGCGUUUGUACGUGAAGUUCCUGGAGAACGUCAACAAGAAAGACUAUGUCCGAGUAUGUUCCAGAAAGCCGUGGCACAGAACCGGUCUGACUUUGAGGCGGCAAACGCUCCCGAAACAACUCCCCACCCCACCGCGAGUGGAGAGAGACGACAGGGACAAGGAGAGACCCAAAGACAAGGAGCUGAAGGACAAGAAAGAGCAAAAGGAACGAGAGCGCAAGGAAAGGUUGGAGAGGGAGAAGAGAGAAAGGCACAGGCAGGAAAAGGAGAGUGAGCAAAAUGAAGACGACCAUCGGGCGAAAGAACAAGACAAAGCAGCAGCGCCCCUCAAACGGCAGAGUGAGCAGAGAGAAGAACAGGACAAGGAGACCACAGAACCCCAGCGGGAGCACAAAGAGAGAGAAAAGUGGAGCAGGGAACUCAGAGAGAGGGAGGAACAGGACAGGAAGCGACAAGAGGAAAAGGACCAACAGGGGAAGGAGCGCCUUCAAGCCAAAGAGAGACUUGCCCAAAAGGACAGACACAAAGAGACAGAAAAGGACUUGGCCAGAGGCAUAGCGGCCAGGGAGGUCAGGAGAGGUCAAGUUCAGUGCGUCAAGGAGGAAAACAGAGGAGUUGACAAGAAGAUGGUGCGCCACGCCAGAGGCAAGAGCACACUGGACAAGACGGAGGCUCCUCCCAAGAAGAGGAAGAAGUGGAUGAAGGAGUUGCCAUCCUCCUCCUCCGAAUCGGAUUCGUCUCUCCCCAGUGAAGACGAAGGUCCUCUGCGCGUUGGACUAAAUAGCCGGGCCAUGAGAGAGAUGUUUCGGAGCUACGUGGAGAUGUUGGUCAGCACGGCGCUGGAUCCCGACAUGAUCCAAGCCCUGGAGGACACCGACGAUGAGUUAUACUUACCACCCAUGAGGAAGAUUGACAGUCUGCUGAAUGAGCAGAAAAAAAGAUUGUUGAGGAGAGUCACCAUGAGUGCUCAGCACCAGGAGGCUCUUCAUCUCUUUCCUAAAAUGACAGCAGACCCGCUGGAAUCUGGAAGUGUCAAAGUUCGACUUGGUGGCGAGGGUUACAACCGCAAAACUCUCAACCGUUGCAAGAGGAGCAAUCCUAAGCAACAAGAUUUGAAGCUCUCCAUGGAAACAUGCCGUAUCUACAGUCUGUAUCAUUCCCUUCACCACUACAAGUAUCACACCUUUCUCCAUUGCAAGAAGGAGACGGACAGCAUCGAGCAGGCUGCGGACGACCCGGGCCAGGAGGAGGUGGUGCAGCAGUGCAUGGCCAACCAGAGCUGGCUUGAGAGGCUUUUUAAUUCCUUCGUGGAGUUGCUCAGCCUCAGUGGCAAAGCCUGAAUAACAACGUGUGUAUGGACCUGCAACAUGUCCAGACAGAACUCUGGACAGCAGAAGAAAGCCCCUGUUGAUAUAUUUGAAGAAGGUUUCAUUCAAAGAGGAUUAUUUCAAGAAAGAAAAAAAAAAAAAGAAUUUUUUGAAGGAUGUUUGGCGAGAAUUCGGUCAGCCACUAAGCCGCAUGGAAAUGAAUGAAGGCCAAACAAAAGAUAAAAACACAGUAGUUGCUAUUGAUAACCAUGCUUUGUAUCAUUUAUACAAUGACAUUUUUCAAAAAAAGAAAAGAUCAUCCUCAAGGGUUUGAUGGUUGUAAAUAAUUUGGGGGAUAUGUUUUAAAUGGGUAUAGAAAAAGAAAAAAAAUGGCCCACCUGUAGUGCUUUCUUCUUUCUCUCAGACCUACACAGAUAAAACAAAGUGACUAUGUAAUAGUCUCCUUGUUCCUACCUGCCUCUGUCUGAAAGCGGUUGAGAUUCAGGGGUAACGUAUUUCAAAUAACUUCUAUUCUCUUUUUUUUUGGGUGUGUGUUUGUUCUUCAAAAGACAACCACAAAGAGGUUUUAUUCCAGUAAAAAAAAAAUCUACUUCCGUCAAGGAA